AUGUCCCACGUCCCACCAACCGAGUCCAUUCCCAAACCAGAGGAACCUAAAGAACCACAACAGUCUCCUCAGCAACCUCAGUUCCAGCAAGUACCUCCGAAUUUCUACCAAUUUCCACUUCAAGGUUACUACCUACCACAAGGCUUCCCGAACUACCCUCCUCAGCCUAUGCCUUACUUCCCCAACCCUUGGAUGUUCCAGCAAGCUCCACCCCAGCAAUUCCAAUCUCAAUCCAAAUCGAAGAGAGACCAAGAGUUCGAAGAAGGUCUGAACCGUUUACGCAAAGAGUACGCUACAGCCCCUAUUGAGAGAAAGUUGUUCCCGGACCAAAAAAUAUAA